AAAUGGUGCGACGAGAAGAGUCGUUAUGUCGUACAGAGACCAUCGCGGUUCCCCAAGAAUACGGCGUGCGAGGUUUGUUAUUAUGAUCACAGCCUAAAGAGGGACAGAAGAGGCAAAAAUCCUCAUGACGGUACAAGAAUCUAUACCCCGAAAUCGUCAACAUGAUAGUGUUUGUGAAGUUUAACUCCAGUGACGGGUUCCCGGUGGAGCUGGCUGAGAGUGCGAGGGUGGUCCAGCUGAAGGAGGCGGUGGGUCAGGAGUGUGGCGUCCUACCCCAACAACUGCGGGUCAUCUUCGCGGGCCGGGAGCUACAUAACGACUGCACCCUCCAGAGCUAUGACCUCCCGGAGCAGAGCACGGUCCACGUGGUGCUGCCCACGUCCGGCCCAGCCCGUCGGCGCGAGGUCUUCUUGCAGAGUCAGCUGAGGGGCACUGCAGACAGCCUGACCCGUCUGGACCUGAGUGAGGCCCGGCUGCCCACAGCCUGCACCGGGCUGGCCAGCAUCCUGAGGACAGAGAAUGGCGGAGAGGCGGGUUCAGCCCCCUUCCCAGAGUCCAGGCCACACUGCAGCUUUUAUGUGUUCUGCAAGAGCCCAUGUGGAGCCAUCAGGCCCGGGAAGCUGCGGGUACGGUGUCGGACCUGCCUGCAGGGGACGCUGACGCUGAGCCGGGGUCCUUCCUGUUGGGACGAUGUUCUCCUCCCGAACAGAAUACACGGUGUAUGUCAGUCCCAGGACUGUGACGGCCGAAUGGCGGAGUUCUACCUGAAGUGUGCCACCCACCCCACUGCUGCUGAUGACACAUCUGUGGCCCUGGACCUCAUUACGCCCAACGUCCGGGGUAUCCCCUGCAUCGCCUGCACUGACAUCUUGAGCCCAGUGCUGGUGUCACCAUGUCCUGACCGCCAUGUCAUCUGUCUGGACUGCUUCCGCAUCUACUGCGUCACUCGGCUCAACGAGAGGCAGUUUGUGCACCACCCUGAGGUCGGAUAUUCCCUGCCCUGCCCGGCAGGUUGUCCAGACUGUCUAAUUAAGGAGGUCCAUCACUUCCGGGUCCUUGGUGAAGAGCAGUAUGAGCGGUACCAGCUCUAUGCCACGGAGGAAUGUCUGCUGCAAAUGGGUGGAGUCCUGUGCCCCACUCCAGGCUGUGGGGCAGGACUUCUUCCUGAGGAGGGCCAGAGGCGGGUUCAGUGUGACCCGGGCCGCGAGCUUGGAUGCGGGUUUGUCUUCUGCCGUGAAUGCAAGGACAGCUUCCAUGAAGGCGAGUGCCAGACCAGGCAUCCGGCAGAGGCGGGUGUAGCACUCCAGGGCUACAUCGUGGAUGAGGACGCAGCACAGCGUGCCCGCUGGGAGCAGGCGUCCCAGAAGACCAUAGGGGAGACAACCCGUCCAUGUCCACGCUGCCGCGUCCCCGUGGAGAAGAGCGGAGGCUGCAUGCACAUGGUGUGCCCCCAAGCCCAGUGCAAGUUUGAAUGGUGCUGGCUGUGCCAAGUGGAGUGGAACCGGGACUGCAUGGGCAGCCACUGGUUCGGCUGAGCUGGCCGACGCAGCAUUGGUGACCUGGGACUAAACAGCCAAUAACACACUCAGAAAACAGACAUAUAUCUCUAUCUGGGAAUCUGACUGAGUGUAUGAUUCCUGAUCCUGUUACAGAAAGUGGCAUGUGUGUGUGUGUGUGUUUGGGUAUGAAAUAUUGUCUAGCAUAGUCAUAUUCUCAGGAAUCAUGUUGGAUCACAAAAUGGUAUUGAGAAUGAUUGUACAUUUCUCUACACAGUCAAGCUAGAGUUCAUAACCCUCCAUCAGCAAUUCUUGACUGGCUCUGAAGAAUGCUGUAAUGAUCUGACCCCCGACAUAUCAUCAUCGAAUUAUUAAUGCCAAAUAUACAGUGGAACCUUGGAACUUCUUGGAACACCUCUUAACUUGACCAACUCAGACCUUGAAUGGCUCUGUUGAAUUUUUUUUCUACUUGUACCUCGACCGUUCUUGCUAAAACUUGCAUGGGUUGAGACCCUUUCAGCUCUACCAAAAAAAUCUAACUGCAACUCGACCGAAAACUCGGAGCACGACAAAACAAAACAGACCUGCUAAAACUUGUACGAAUCGAGGCACGCCUCUGAGUGGGCUGAAACAAAGGCGAACUGACCUACUGGGAUGCUGAUGUCUAUGAAUCCAUUUUAGUCUCGCAGUACCUCUCAACCACGUUUGACUUGCGAAUGCUGUAUUCCUGUGUUCGGUGUGAAUUUUUUUUGUGCUUCAUCUACAGUACAUUUAGUGAUACAGUAAUCACGAAUCCAAAGAAAGUGAGCAGUGAUAGCAGCAAACCAAAGAGGAAAGUAGUGAGAGUAACUGUAAAACUUGCAAAGGAAAUUAUAGCAAGACCUGAAGGUGGUGCACGUGUGUCUGCUCUCGCUUCGGAGUAUGAGACUGUCAUUUAUUUUAUGUUUGUUGCUUUUGUAUAUGUGCUUUUUCCUGUGUGUAUGAGUUUUAUAUUAACUGUCAGUGCUUUUUAUCAUUAAGUAGGUAGAUAAGAUUAAAUAGGCAAUCAUUUGGGGGUCUGGAACAGAUAAAAUUCAUUUACAUUAUUUUGUAUGGGGAAAUUUAACUUGGACAUCGACCAAAUUGCAACUCAAACAGCCUUCAGGAAUGAAUUAAGUUUGUUUUCCAAGGUACCACUGUAUGUGUGAAUUGUUUUGCAUGAAUUUGAGUAAAUGUAUUACCUCAGUUUUGGAUUGUAAUGAUGGGAUUUGUUAUUCUUGGACUGGACUUUAAAUUUGUGUCUUGCUAUGUAAGGAAUGAGGGCUUGUCCGUGUUCCUGUCACAUCGCACCAAUAAAGAGCAGGGAAAGCA